AGUUUAUUGAAACCGAGGAAACUCUGAUUGAUCGUUGAAUCCAAGUUUUUGACUAUUUAGUUAGUUAGUAUUUUCACGCUGAAUUCACUAUCCAGACUCUUUUUGGUACAGAAAGAACACGUAUCUAAGUUGAGACAGCUGCUUCUAAAAUUGAAGGAAAUAUUUUAGUUAUAUGGUGUGAUAAUAUGCUGAUUCCCAAUGUCAUUGAACUGUGCCUCUUGUACUAAGUCUCGAACACUUGACUCAUCUGGAAAUGUUCCCUAUUAUAAACCAAUGAAUGUGGGUGAAUAUGCAUAAGUCAUCCAAGCAUGACUCAAAGGAGUUUGGCAGUCAGGAUGGUGAAAGCAGGCAGACAACAUGGCAGGCAGAUGUUUCACAGUAUCGUCUACACACCAUCAUAGGUAAAGGUUCAUUUGACAGCAUUACAGUCCACUUGGCUCAACAUGCUCCCAGUGGGAAAACUGUGACUGUAAAACGUAUCGACAUUGAGAAAAGUCCUGUGGAAUUCAAUGUUUUCCAGGAAGAAGUGAUUUUGUGUAGACGGAUGCAUCAUGAGAAUAUCAUUAAGUACUACUCAACAUUUGUUCACAAGAAAGAGUUGUGGAUCAUUCUGCCUCUAAUGGGAUAUGGGUCGGCUCGAGAUGUCCUACAUGCCUACUUUAAGACUGGUCUACCGGAGACUGCCAUUGCUUACAUACUCAGAGAUGUGCUUCAUGCUUUAGACUAUCUUCAUAGUCGAGGAGUAAUCCAUCGAAGUGUGAGGGCCAGUCAUAUUUUGAUUGGUGGAAAUGGACACGUGUGUUUGUCAGGACUACGUAAAGCCUAUUUUAUGUUCUACCAUGGUAAAAAAUGGAACCAAGUCCACAAUUACCCUGUGGCCUGUAAAGCUGAUUUGCAGUGGCUCAGUCCAGAAAUUCUCGAACAGAAUUUGGCAGGAUAUGAUACUCAAUCCGACAUCUACAGUUUAGGGAUCACAAGCUGGGAGCUGGCCAAUGGUUACCCCCCUUUUGAGGACAUGCCAGUUACUCAGAUGUUGUUGGAGAAGGUGAAUGGAACAAAGCCCAUGUUACCGGACUGUACCACAAUAGCAGACUUAACAGGAGAGGAGGAAGCACAGCAUAAUGCAGACAUGGAGAAUGGUGGCAUUGAUAUUGUAGCCAUUGCGAAGUCUCGGAAAUUUUCCUCCUAUUUUCACAGUUUAAUAGACAGAUGUUUAGAUAAAAAUCCAAAGUGCAGACCGACAGCAGAGGGUUUACUGACAGAUGCUAUGUUUAAACACUUGAAGAAGCGAUCCACAGAGGCCUUGCCCAGCCUGUUACAACCCCUCACUCCUAUCAAACUAGCAAAUGUACCCAAUGUUACAGAUGAUGGAGCUGUAGAUUCUGUGACCGAGUCCAUGGAUCAAGUGGAUUUAGUUGGUGAAUGGGACUUUUAAAUGUCUAUAUACCAGAUUUUCAGGAGAGAGAGUGUGGGAGAGAGAGAUUCCCUCUAUUAGAAUAAUUGAAUUUUUUUUUGUUAGACAACUUCUGGAUUACACAACAUUUUUAAAAAGUUUUUUUGUAAUUAUCAUCAACCUUUCGGACUUUUUAUACUAUAGCAGUGGUUAAUAUAUAAUUCAUAUGCAAGAUAAUUUUAUCCUCCCCCUAUGAUAUUUGUGUAAUGAAACAACAAUUAGUGUAUCUGUACUAAAUACUCUUCAACAAUUCACUUACUUAAAUAUCUUUAUCAUUUUUUAAAUUAAGCCAGAGUGAUGGUGUGUGUUGUGCUGUCACCCUGUAUUAUUAUAAACACAGAUAGUGACUGUUAUGUGGCUGUAAUAGAGGAGGUAGACUAUGUACAUGUAUAUUAAGAAUUUUUCAAAGUAAAUGUUACUAUUAAUUUUACUUGAGUAACACAUGUUUACUGGUAUUGUAUAACUGGUAUUAAAAUGCUUGUUACAGUU